AUGGCUUUGGCUUUUGGCGGAGGGAGAAUUUUAAAUAGCGUGGUGGGUCAUUUACUUCCUUCUUCAAUCCUUGUCCCAUACCAUGGAUGGAGAAUAAGUCACAGAACUCAUCAUCAGAACCAUGGACAUGUCGAAAAUGAUGAGUCUUGGCAUCCGUUAUCUGAGAAAGUUUACAAGACUUUGGAUAAGGCUACUCAGAUGUUGAGGUUCACCUUGCCAUUCCCUAUGCUUGCUUACCCUUUCUAUCUGUGGGGUCGAAGUCCCGGAAAGAGUGGCUCUCAUUUUGAUCCAAACAGCGACUUGUUUGUCCCAAAUGAAAGGAAAGAUAUCAUUACCUCCACUGCCUGUUGGACAGCAAUGGCUGCGCUGCUAGUCGGUCUGUCUUUCGUAAUGGGUCCUGUCCAAAUGCUUAAGCUCUAUGGCGUUCCAUACUGGUUGUUCGUCAUGUGGUUGGACUUGGUCACUUACUUGCAUCACCAUGGCCAUGAGGACAAACUCCCAUGGUAUCGUGGAAAGGAAUGGAGUUAUCUAAGAGGAGGAUUGACAACCCUCGAUCGAGACUACGGAUUGAUCAACAACAUCCAUCAUGACAUUGGAACCCAUGUCAUACAUCACCUGUUCCCUCAAAUUCCACACUAUAACUUAGUAGAAGCAACGGAGGCAGCUAAGCCUGUGCUUGGGAAGUACUACAGAGAGCCAAAGAAAUCUGGGCCUCUCCCACUUCACUUAUUGGGAGUUCUUAUAAGAAGCAUGAAACGUGAUCAUUACGUCAGUGAUACUGGGGAUGUUGUAUAUUAUCAAACUGAUAAGAAACUUGCUGGGUCUGUGACAUCAGAAUGAAGUUGCCAAGUUGUUGUGAAGUUGAAGUUUUCAGGCACAACAA